UGAGCCACCUCCACCAUGCUGUCUAAGUUCGACCCCGGUGAGAUCAAAGUUGUGUACUUAAGGUGCACCGGAAACGAGGUCCGUACCACAUCCGCCUUGGCCCCUAAGAUUGGUCCUCUGGGUCUGUCUCCAAAAAGAGCUGAGGAUGACAUUGCCAAGGCUACCAGUGACUGGAAAGGUCUCAGGAUUACAGUGAAAACUGACCAUCCAGGACAGGACAGACAGGCCCAGGUUGAGGUGGUGCCCUCUGCCUCUGUCCUGGUCAUCAAAGCCCUCAAGGAGCCACCGAGAGACCGGAAGAAGCAGAAGAACAUUAAACACAGUGAAAACAUCACUAUGGAUGAGACUGUCAACAUUGCCGGGCAGAUGAGACACCGGUCUUGGGCCAGAGAACUUUCUAGAACUAUCAAGGAGAUCCUGGGCACUGCACAGUCUCUGGGCUACAAUAUGGAUGGCCACCACUCUCAUGACAUCAUAGAUGACAUCAACAGUGGUAUGGUGGAGUGCCCAGCUAGUUAA